CGGGAGGGGUGUGCUGUGUCAUGGCAAAAUAUGAAGAGGUGCCAGACCUCCUGCUGCCGCUAUUUAUACACCUUCUGCACGUGCUCACAUUCAAGGUUGAUAGAGAGAGCAUGGGCUGGUAUGAAUACAGGAAGUUACAUCAUGAACGGCAGAGAGGUUGCCCUCUUCUGGACUUGGAUGGGUACUAAAAGUGUGUGACCGUGCAAGUGUGUGUGAACAGAGGGCCUGCAUGCUUUCUCACAGCUCCUCUCCACCCAUGAAGGGCAGACACACACACACAUGCACUGACACACAGUUUGUGUAACGUGGUUUUCGCAGCAAGGACAGGGGAGCCUCCUGCAAUAGAGGGAAGCCUGGGAAAACAGCAGGAUGAACAGAAGAUGAGUCUGGAGAAGAUGUCACAGACUGGCAGUCUCUCCAUCUUUCUAUACUGGCAGGAUUCCCACAUGGCCAACAUCAUUCCAGAGUCCAUCUGAUGAGAUUUAGUCUCCGAGGACUUCCAGUCUGUUCCACUGCCACCUGCACAGUUGCAUUGCUAUUUAGUGCACAAAGGCACCAUGGGAAAUAUAGUUCAGUGCUGUCACACACUGUCAAACUACUUUAAGUGCAAGGAUGCACAGGCCCAGGGUGAGCCGGAGAGAUCCCCUCUGCUCUCCAGCGAAGAGAGUGAAUGUGACUCACCGAGCCUGCCCGACGACCCAGAGGACGAUCUGUUGACCGUCUCCACUGGUGUGACAAACCCUACCCUCGAACCCGAGAACUUCCUGUUUCCUGACAUCAUCCUGAGCAGCAACCUGGGAGGGGAAGUAACUCUGGUGGAGCCAAUGGUGUGUCUGCUGGUGUCUGAGGAGGAAGAGGGAGCGAGGGUCGAUGAGCCAGGUGAUGAAGGGCCAGAGAGGAGAAACAGGGGGUACUCUGAGGUUGAGACACAGACUGAAGUUGAGACACAGAUUGGCAUGGGGGUGCAGACUCAGACAGAGUCACAGACAGACGUUCAGGCACAGACAGAAAUAGUAGCGUACCGUAUUGAGACUGUGGGGAAAGAACUGACAAAUACUGGCAGCACGAAAGAUGAAUGGAAAAUACUGACACAAGUGGAUGUGCUCUUGGAGGCACAAACAGGCAUACAAACGUCACAAGAGAGACGCUCAGAGACAGAGAAACAACAGAAAAGUAUAGACUCUGAGUUAAAGGUGUCGGGGAAGAUGAAAAGCCACACAGAGAAAAACAAACUUGCCUUCAGAGAUGUAGACAAGAAAGCUGAACAGGGAGAACUGAAAGAGAAUCACAGCCACGAGGAACUGACCGCCACUUUAACAAAGCAUACGGUUAAAUCAGGACAAAAUACCGAGUUAAUGCAGGAGAUAAACACUGAUGAAGGGAAUGUCUUUAAGUUGAAACUGAAUACAGAGUUUGCUAAGACAGAGAACCACACUUUGCCGACACAGGAGAACGUUAAGGACAAAGAACAAAACAUUAAAUUAAAGUGCACUUCGGUGGUGCUGCCUGAACACAAUGUCAACAUCAUGGAUGAGAAGGUUGCUGCUGUGGAGUCGAAAUACAGCAUCAACAACCCUGAAACUGUGGAGAACGUUGACCCUGCUGAGCGUUGUGUAGACCUGACACAACAGAUUAAACAGGACAAUGAACAGAUGGGACAGGCGACUGUGGAUCAGGAUGUGAAUCAAAAGAGCCAGAAUGUUAUCCACACGAAAACAAACAUAAAUUUGUCCGAGGACCACACAGGUCAGACAGCGAAUCAGUCCAUUUUAAAGGCAGGUCAUAUUCAGAAAGACUUGCACCCACUGAAGAGAGAAGAGGACGACAACAAAACCGGUCUGCAGCAUGUUUUGGAAUCAGUUCUGCAACAGGUGGAGGAGAAGGAUGUAGAAGGGGCUGAGAUGAAGCCAGUUACCUUAUUUUCAGUUGACAGGCUGUUUUUGGCAGCAGCACACGUCAAAGCACCUCCAAAUCAAAUUGAAGAAAGCCUGGAGGACGAUCGCCCAGAGCAGUCUGAUGUUGAUAAAAGCAAACAGCUUAGCAUCCGUGACAUAGUCGAUCUCCAAGAGACCGGCUUUACUGUCAGAAUCCAACCUCCUGGAACAGAAAGUUUUGAGCUUCAGGUGUCAGGCCAGCUGUUGGUGGCGGAGCUGCACCAGGUGCUGAUGGAGCAUGAGAUCACCUGCCACCGCACAUGCUUCUCGCUCCAUCUGGGAGGUUCCCCACUUGACGGCCUCACAGAGCUACGCUCCAUCCAGGGCAUCCAGGACGGAGCGCUGAUCAAGGUGGUGGAGGACUCUUACUCAGUGCGUGAUGCUCGUCUUCAUCUCAGACAUGUACGGGAUCUUCUGAGGAGCCUCGACCCUGCAGACGCAUACAAUGGAGUGAACUGCAGCUCACUGUCAUACCUCAGCUUUUACACUAGAGAUAAAGAUGGGGAGAGUGUGGGCAACAGGCGAGCUUCUGAAAAGGAGUCUGUUGCCUGCAGGCCUCCAGAAUACAUCCUCCCUGGAUGUAAGGAUCGACCACUCACUCCACUGCAGCCCGUCAGAGAUGACUGGAAGCCCUUACAGUGCCUGCGGGUUCUGACCAUGAGCAGCUGGAACCCUCCUCCAGGAAACAGGAAGAUGCAUGGGGACUUAAUGUACCUCAAUGUCCUGACUAUGGAAGACAGAGAACUCAACAUCACAUCCUCUACACGCGGUUUCUACCUCAACCAGUCAACUGCCUUCAACUUCAACCCGAAACCUGCAGUUCCCAAAAUCCUUUGCCACUCUCUAGUCGAGCUGCUCAGUCAAGUCAGCCCGGCUUUCAGGAAAACCUUUAGUGCCCUGCAGAAGAAGAGAGUCCAGCAACACCCUUAUGAGCGGAUUGCAGGACCUUUCCAGGUGUUCACCUGGAUCGCCCCUCAGGGAGACCACUCCCUCGACUGUGUCAGAGCAGAGGAGACACACACCAGUCGGAUGGGCCAGGACGAGCACACAGCUGGGCAGAGUCGGGACUGGAAUGAGGAGCUGCAGGGAUGCAGGGAACUCACCAGGAACUCCCUUCAGGAUCGCCUGCACAGAGAGAGGAGCAUAUUCAAGACUAACAGUGACUUUGUUGAAGCUGCAACACGAGGUGCUGUAGCCGUUGUCGAUGGUAACCUCAUGCCGUUAAACCCCGGCGAGGCCCCUCAUAUGCAGAUGUUCAUCUGGAACAACCUCUUCUUCAGCCUGGGGUUCGACAUAUCUGAGCACUACAGCCCACUAGGGGGCAACACUGCUGCUCAUGCUGCUGCCAUCUGUGACCUGAGAGGAGCACAGGCAUACACAUCUGUCGAUAUAGAAGGGCUUCACACACUUGGGACAGCUGUGGUGGAUUAUCGUGGUUUGCGUGUUAUCGCUCAGACAAUUGUUCCUGGGAUUCUGGAGAAAAAUCAGGAGCAGAGUGUAGUCUAUGGCUCUAAUGACUAUGGAAAAACAGUUUUUACACACCCCAGAUUUCUGGAGCUUCUGGAUAAAACCAGUAAACCACUAAGAAUCCAGCGUCACCAGGUGCUCGACCACAGGAACAGUCCAGUAGAGCUUUGCUCUGGCAUCGAGACCAAAGGCAUCCUGGGUAAUGACGGAAGACCUUACAUCUUGGACCUUCUCCGGACCUUCCCCCCUGACCUUAACUUCCAGUUCUCAGAGACAGAGGAGAGGGGUGAGGUGCCAAAGGAGUGUCAGAGCUUUGGUUACCCACGCCGACAUCAUCACAGCCUGGCAAACCUAAGAUCUGAGCUGAUAGAGGCCUUCGUCCAGCACAGGUAUGAACUUUAUGUGAAGAUGGUGGCUCAGGGGCUGAGCCAGCUGGAAGAACAGAAUGAAGCCACGGAGCAGAGUGAGGAGCCAGUCUGUAAGCCGAGAACUGGAGAUACAGCCACUGCUGGUGCUGAUAUGGAGUUUCAGAGAAGAAAUGUGAUCAUGAAAGCUUGUAAAGCUGUCGGAUCAGUGAGUGACUCUUGCUUCGACAUCCGCUUCAAUCCAAAUGUUUGCUCUCCAGGUGUUCGUUUCUCCUCUGAGUGUGUUGAGGAGGUUCAGAGGCAGAGACAGUUGUUAUGGGAUGGGGCUGCUUUUCUUCUGUCUAAUCAGAUUCCUGCAGUGCUGAGGGACUGUCUUGACCACACAGCGGUGCCGGUGGAUGGGGCGACCCUGACCUCAGUGCUUCACCAGCGGGGUGUGAAUGUACGAUACCUGGGCACCCUACUGAGGGAGCUGGACAGGAUGGAGGAGAGAGGGAGACUCAGCCACAUACAGAGAAUUUCUAUCAGUGAAGUCAUCAUCAGAAGUGCAAAACACAUCUUCAGGACCUACCUACAGGAUGUGGAGCCUGCAGCUUUCUCCGCUGCUGUCAGUCACUUCCUCAACUGCCUCCUGAGUUCCUCUUCUUGUUUCCCUGACUCCUGCUCCGAUGAGCUACUCUCUCGCCGCAGGAGCCGACGUCGACGGAGUCACGGGAGUCGAGUUGCCUUGUUGACAGACAGUGUGUGGGCUAAACUGACCCCCAGUGAGCUGUGGGGCAGGAUCAGGACUGAGGCUGGAGAUUAUUACGACUACACAAUAGACAGUGAAAGUAUAGAUGAAGUACUAGAAAAACACAGCCUGCAGAGGAUCUCCCUACUGAGAGAGAUGGCCAUCAAGACAGGCAUCCAGGUGCAGCUGAGGGAGUAUGUGUUUGAGUCCCGACACAGGCCAGUGUUUGGUGAGGAGGAUGUUGUCAACAUGUUCCCUGUGGUCAAACAUCUCAAACCUACAGGAACAGAUGCCACACGCCUUGUGCAGCACGCCCAGGUGGCAGUACAGCAGGGGCUUCUCAAAGAUGGCUAUGAAUUGAUUAGCCAGGCCCUAACCCUGUUCAGCAGCGUAUGUGGGGUCCUGCAUGAGGAUGUGUGCAUGUGCCUGCGUCUCCUGGGACGGAUCAGCUACAUCUUGGGGGAAUAUGCAGAUGCCCUCAGCCACCAGGAAAGGGCUGUUAUGAGUAGCGAGAGAGUACAAGGUAUAGACCAUCCACAGACCAUACAAGACUAUACUCAUUUGGCUCUGUACUGCUUUGCUGGAGGCCGGCUUGCGACCUCUCUACAGCUCCUGUAUCGCGCUCGGUACCUCACCCUGCUUGUGAUUGGAGAAGACCAUCCUCAUGUCGCACUGCUGGAUAGUAUGCUCGGUCUAGUGCUUCAUGGACUGAUGGAGUAUGAGCUUUCCCUGAAGUUUCUACAGAACGCCUUCAUUUUAACCUCCAAAUAUCACGGUGCCACAUCCCUGAAACAUGCGCACAGUCACCAUCUGCUCGCCACUGUGUACGAGAGCAAAGGAGAGUUUCGAUCAGCUCUGCAACAUGAGAAAGAGGCUUAUUCAAUAUAUAAGAGCCAGGUUGGUGAGGACCAUGACAGCACAAAAGAAAGCUCUGACUACCUGAAGAGCCUCACUCAGCAGGCUGUGAUCCUUCAGAAAGCCAUCAACCACAUCUACAGUAACACGCCUACUUCCUGUAUUCCACCUCCAAAGUUUUCCAGACCAAGCCUUCCCACAAUCCUUCAGCAGCUCAACCUGACAUGUGGAAUCAUUCUUAUUCCCCUCAGUGCAAAAGAAAUUGCAGACCUGAGGACUGAGUUGAAAGGAAAAGUUCAAGUGGAAGAGCUGGAAAAAAAGACUUAAGAACUGCAGACGACAAAAAACAACACUGAACUGGACUAAAGGGACAAUAGCACAUCUGUGUUUUCAGCCAGACUUCUGAAAAUAACAAUGGCAAAUGAAAGCCGGGCAAAUCGCUGGUGUUAAUAAGUGGGUUAGCCUACUUUGGACAACAACUGUAUCCAAGUUAGUAUCCGUGGAGGACUGGAUCUGUAUCUAACGCCCUGCACCCAUGAUAUAGCUCCUGUUGGGCUGUAUGGGCUCCAUGAAUGAACUCUGCAAGCUGUAACAUUGAUGGCAAAGAUCUAUAACUGUCCUCAUUUUAAGAGAAAUGCAUAAACCUACAUAUAAAAUAAAAAUAUAGACUGAUUAUACCACUAGAUGAAGGAACAAGCACAGUAUGUUUACUUCUACUGAGAAUAUAGCAACAGUGUACUAAAAGAAGUACUGUCAUCUUGCAAUUCCCUGUGUGUCCACUGGGUUUCACACUUCUUGAACACUUCUUAGAACAUGAUAGAUGAUUUGUCUAUAUCUGAAUAUGAAAAUAAUCUUUAUGGCUGUUUUGGAUGUGUACCAGUCCAUCAUAAUUUAAUCCACUCGUAAUUAAUAUGUUAUGAAUAUCCAGGUGACUGUUGGGAAACUAUAAGCAUCUUAUGUCUUAUAUUCUACAAAAAAAAGUCCAAUUAGUAGCAUUGUAGUAACAUUGCUCCCUAAACUGGAAAUUAGAGUAUUAAACUUUGAACUUUGUAUUUUUAUCAAGUGACAUUUUGUGGAGUUGGUCCACUGACUGUGAUCUUAAUGAAGUUAAUUUUAGAUAUUACUCCAGAUAACUGCUAUUUCAAUGUACUCCAAUAUAUCCAUAGUAAGUUAUAUUUAUGGGUUAUGUUAUAAUUUCCUGGCAGUUGUUCCAUUAUUCACCAUCGAUGGAGAAGCUGAAUGAUUUGUCUUUCAGGUGACCUCCUCCCAACUAUAAACUGUGUCCUGCUGCUCAUCUCACUUGUUUACAAUUAAAAAAGUGUGCCAUGUU